AUGGGUCGUGACAUGGAGAAUUGCCAGUCGGGAUUAACAUGCUGUAAAGGAGCAUGCUUCAAAUUAGAGGAUAUUAAGCAUAACGUUAUCGUGAAGGGAUGUGUGAAUAAUAGAGAGGAGGACGCGUCGAUGAAGGUCCGUGAGCUCAAUGUGCCACUCUAUUGGGCGAACAAGGAGAAGGUUAAAGGCGAAUCAUUCUUCUGCACCGGAAAACACUUCUGCAAUCAAACGUCUCGUGUCAGCCUUCUCGCCUCCUUCCUCUCCGUAGUCUUCGCAUUUUUAGUCAUCAGAUAA